CCUCAUCAAGGCUCUUAUGUGUGUUUUAUUAUUAUAUUAUUUCCCGGUUACGACACGUAACAUUGUAAAAGACGGCGUUAGUGUUUGGCGGACAGAACAACACAUGGGUGGAGUUGGUACAUUCAAAAUGGCGCCGGGUUGCUUACUCGACGCUCUGCUAAUCCAUCUGUGAUUAUUAGCCGGCUAGCUUGGUAUUAAUCCUCCGCUUUUCGCUCGGAGAGAAGGGCUCUGGGGCAGACACACGCAGCGGUGUCAUGUCGGACUCGGAGGAGGAGAGCCAGGACCGACAACUGAAGAUUGUAGUCAUCGGCGACGGCGCUUGCGGAAAGACGUCACUCGCCACCAGGUUCGCUCAGGAGGCCUUCGGGAAGCAGUACAAACAAACCAUCGGCCUGGAUUUCUUCCUGAAGAGAAUAAGCCUUCCAGGCAAUCUGAACGUCACCCUGCAAGUGUGGGACAUUGGAGGACAGACCUUGGGAGGGAAAAUGCUGGAUAAAUACGUGUACGGAGCUAACGGGGUUCUCCUCGUGUACGACAUCACCAACUACCAGAGCUUUGAGAAUCUGGAGGACUGGUUCAGCAUGGUCAAGAAGGCCAACGAGGAAUCUGACGUCCAGCCUGUCAUCUCGCUGGUAGGAAACAAAAUCGACCUGGAGCACAUGAGGACGGUGAAGGCCGACAAACACCAGCGCUUUUGCCAAGAGAACGGCCUCGUCAGUCAGUUUGUGUCCGCCAAGACCGGAGACUCUGUGUAUCUUUGUUUCCAGAAGGUUGCUGCUGAGAUUCUGGGCGUGAAGCUCAACAAAGCUGAAAUAGAACAGUCCCAGAGGAUUGUGAAGGCCGAGCUGGUCAACUACCCUCAGGAUGAAGGCCUCAUUAGACAAGACAACUGCCAGCAAAGCAAAAUAUGUUUGCUUCAAUAGUUGGAACGUGUGGUCAAGGCGGACAUCGUAAACUACAGUCAAGACACGGUGGCCCGGACGGUCAACACCCCUCGCAGUUCCAUGUGUGCGGUGCAGUGAGUCCACUCAAUAAAACCCACCGAGAUGCCAUCUUGUCUGUCAAUCAGCCAGUAAGUCAGUAUUGUUUCUCCUUGUGGGCUGUGCCACCUGUACUCGUGUGUCGUUGCUCGUACGGCUGUGGCGAAGGACGGACACCCGUUCAAUUCAAUUUCCGUAAUUGAUCUGUGCGUCAUGACGUGAGUAAAUUUACUUUGGUAUCCUUCUCUGUCACGAUCGCAGCAGAGAAAAGAGAAACCCAAUGACAUGUUUGCAUGUGAUGUCCUAAAUUAAUGUUCCACAGAUGAAUAUUGUGCAUAAUCUGUAAACUACAUUACCAAUUUCAACCUAUCAUUUUUAAUUACAAGUAUUGCCUCUCUCUACAUCGCUAAACUCCCAUCAUUUCUGGUUUCCAUGUGUGUACUGUAAGUAACCAGUGACAAUUGUCAGUAGAUUUUACACUGUAUGUACGGUAAAUGUUGAAUUGAAACAUCCAUCCUACCAAUCAUCAACAUACACCCCCAAUCCAUUCUGUGUAAAUACAAGUAUGAUGACCUGCUCACAGUAUGUACAGUUGAGUUGGUUUCUGUUUUUAAAUAAAAGCUUUAUGUUGAAUA